GAAAAUUAUACUAAGAAAGUUUUAAAAAUGGCGGAUCCGCUAACCAAUGUUACUAACCUGAACAAGGUUACCAGUUAUGACUUAAAUGGUUAUAAACCAAAACAAGAAUCGCUUAUACAUUGUUUGAACGGAAUUGACAAUAUGGGAUUAGAACCAGAAAUUGAUUCAAAGAGCAAAGCCAAUGUUAACAGGCUCACAAGAAGUCUGUCCCAGAUAUCUAAUACUUCACGAAAAUCCAAAACGAGAUUUUCUGACAACGGAGAUGACAAUCCUAGAUCGUGGUGGUAUGCAUUUUGCCUAAAAUGUCGCUCAAAAGAGUCAACACCGGCUUCAUGGGAGCCGCAGUAUUGGUCUUACCUCUGCCCACACCCAUUUUGUCCAGAUUAUCGAUCGAUGGCCCGACUAUUCGCCCUGAUUAUUAUCGGGGUGGUUUCAUGGUGUAUUUUUUACACCAUUGUAGGUGAGAUAGCAGCCCCUCCAAGUGGAAUAUUGUUCCAACUCCUAAUUUUGAUUCUAAUAUCGAAAUUUGGCGGAUGGCUGGUCAGUCUCACCUCUCUACCAGGGCUUAUCGGAAUGCUCUUCACUGGUCUCAUUCUACAAAAUCUAAACGUUGUGGACAUAGAUGAGACUUUCUCUCCAAUCACUAAGCAUUUAAGACGAAUGGCCUUAGUGCUAAUAUUAAUAAGGGCAGGAUUAGACCUGGACCCGGUGGCCUUUAAGCGUGUUAAAUGGUCGGUAAUAAAGUUGGGUCUGGGUCCAUGGUUCAUUGAAGCUGCCAUCGUAUGCGUAAUGGGUUAUUAUUUGCUCAACCUUCCAUGGCUCUACAGUUUCGCUUUGGGCUCUGUUAUAGCAGCUGUCUCACCAGCUGUUACUGUAGUAUGUAUACUAAGACUCAGAACUAAAGGAUAUGGUAUCGGUAAAGGCAUACCAACGCUGAUUAUUGCCAUAGCGGGGAUAGACGAUGCUGUAUCUGUAGCUAUAUUUGGAAUAAUCGAGAGUACCAUGAAUUCUCAGGCAUCACUUACUUCAAUAAUUAUACAAGCGCCCGUUUCGAUUAUUGGGGGGAUCGCUUUUGGCAUAUUUUGGGGAAUGAUUUGUCAUUACGCCCCAGAGAGAAAAGAUCCCUAUGUGUCAAUAUUGCGUGUAUCCCUUUUGCUAGUUGGCUGCACUGUAGCAGUAUUUGGCAGCGAAUAUAUAGGAUACGGAGGAGCUGGACCUCUCGCUUGUGUAGCUGGUGCGUUUACUGCCCUGGUUGUGUGGACAAAACAAGGAUGGGACGUGGAGGAGAAUCCAGCGUCAGAAAGUUUCGAAAUUCUAUGGAUGUUCUUUGAACCGAUUUUAUUUUCAAUAACUGGCGCUCAAAUACGGUUAAAUGAGCUCGAUGGGAAUGUGGUGCUUCUUGGCUUGGGUAUUUUAGUGGCUUCUUCAGUCAUUCGCAUUGUGGGUACUGUAGUUCUCGGUAUUGGAUGUAGCUUAAAUUUGAAAGAAAAAGUUUUUUGUGCUGUAUCACUUAUGGCUAAGGCAACAGUACAGGCUGCUUUAGGUCCAGUUCUCCUAGGCCUAGUAUCCGAUAAUUCCUCAGACGAUAAAAUAUACUCAGAAAAGGUCCUUAUGGUAUGUGUCCUGUCCAUAAUGCUAACUGCCCCUACUGCAGCUGCCUUCAUGACCAUCGCCGGACCAAGAUUGCUUACCAGAACUACGGAACCAUUUAGUUCGGAAAAAUUGAGAAAAUCGUUAAGGCUGUCGGUGAGGAGUUUGAGGAAUUUAACCGUGGAUAUUGACAGGGAACUGGCCGACGACGAGGAAAAGAAAUGUCUAGAGUUACCUAAGGAUCUUAUACAGGGUGACCAUAACAAAAUGUGAUAUUAAGAUUAUAAUAUACUUAUGUGAUUACUUUAUUAGUUUAGAGUUCUAUUUUAUAGUAUUUUUGUAUUGCUUUAUUUUAUAUUAAAAUUUAUUUAGGCAGUUUUCAUCUAAUUUUUUAGUUGUAUUGCUAUAUACUUUAAUGGUAUUACCGAGUAUUUUUUAUUAUCUAUUCUUGUAUGUAUCCUUUUUUUGCAUAAUAUUGUUAGUAUUUUAGAUUAUUAUGGUAUUUUCAGUAAGAUUUAUUUUGAUAAUCUACUUUUUUAUAAUGUUAAUAAAGCAUGCUCUUUGAUAUAAAUAAA